AGUGAUUUUCGGUUGGCUAUUUCGAGCAUCCGGAGACCAAUCAGAGCCAAUCGGAGCGGCAGCAUGACCUCGGCGCUCCGGCUGACCCCGCACCUCAUCGAGGCCGUUGCACUGGAAGGCCGCUGCGGUAUCUCUCUGCGCCAGCUGCUCGAACACCACGAGAGCAGUGGCGACGCAGCAGUGCGCACAGCUUGCUGGCACGUGCUUCGCGCAUCGGGUCUCUUGCCGCCGCACCCGAUCGCAUUCUUUGCCGACGGCGCGCGCCUAACUGACGCCCCUGUCGCGCUGGCUGACGCACUCGACAUUGUGAUCGUCGCCUCAGAGGACCUACGUCUGCGCGCGCUGCACGUCACACCGUCGGGCGACCUCCCGCCGACACAGCUUUUGAUCCUGGAGACCGUCGGCCGCACGCGGGCAAAAGGAAUAUCUAUGAUGGACCUCACGACGGCCGUCUCGGAGGCAGCAAACGGUGAGAAGAAAGUGAAGAGCAAGACGGGCGACAUCCGCGCCGUGCACCACCAACUGGACCGGCUCCUCAGCUUGAAGCUUGUCGUGAAGAAGAUGUUGCAGAUCCUUGGUCAGGGUCGACCGCAACGGUUCAACGUCAUAUUACUCGCGCGGUUUGCCAACGACUUUGACCACGAAGCGCUCUUUCCUGGCGCGAUACUCGAGGAUGACCUCGCGUGGAAGCAGCGCACAGUGAUCGAAAUGCUGCAGUACAUGUCGACGCACAACGUGUCGCAGUGUGUUCUCGCCGACGCGGUCCGGGGCACGAUCGCGGAUCAAAAAUACAAGCUCGAGGCCUUCAAAAACUACAUCAUUGCCGAAGGCCAGCGUCAGGCGUCGUCAUUCCCGGUCGAAAUCUUUUCGGCCAUCGUCGGGACGGACACGAAGCGCAAGUUGUGGUGCGUCAAGCGCCGCCAGAUUGAGCCAGAGCCAGACCCGUUUCCCGGCUUGCCACGGUUGGGCCUCGAGUCGGGCGUCAUGCACCAGAUCCACCAGCUUAUCCAGAUCUCGGGGGGCAUCACGACGCCCGAAAUCCGCAGCCUUCUCGAAAUUCCAGGACCGAAGACCACGUACCGCUUACUUAGCACUGCAACGUCAGCGUACGCCGUCCGCAUGACCAAGGUUGUCGUCGGGCGCAAUUCGGUCUUCAAGCUUUUCCCCAUGGCGCCGGACGACACAGCACCCAAGCGCAAGCGCGACAGCAGCUGUGACGAAGAGGACAUGGAGGACGUCAAGCCGGAGCCAGAGCGCCGAGGAACGUGGAAGCGCCCGUGCCACGGCCACAGCUUGAAGCGAAACUCGGCGGCGAUGGACGCACCGACAGACGACACGGCGUCUCUCCGGAAGGAGCACAUUGCGGCGCGCGUCGCCAAAGAGCGCAUCGUUUCGCUCUAUUCACUGCGUUCGUCGAUCAUCGAGAUGGAAAACUUCCACGAAGGCACGAAGAACAUCCAGUUCAUCGCGGGCCAUCGCGUCGACACGCGCUCGAUCCAGCGGCUCCUCGAUAGCCUGCAGGGUGAAGGCCACCUCGAACAGCGCGCUGUCGCCGUACCCAUCAAGACGGCAUCUGUGCCCGGUACGACGCGCAAUGUCUCGGUGGCGUUGGCAUCGGACGUGACACCGAACGAGCUCGAAGCGUACCUUGCGCGUUACAGUCGCGACACGCGCGUGCAACGACUCAACACCAAAGUGUUUACCAACCCGCGGGUCGCGGUGCGGGAUGGUCGGGUCACGCAAAUCGACCCAAGCGCGAUCAAGUACAUGAUGAAGGCCAAACUCCACUCGGUGCACAAGGCUGACCUCGCGCGCACCAAGCAAUCGCGCUCGCUUGGUCUGUGCCACGGUAUGAUGCACCGAUGUCGCGUCUAUCACCGACUUCUCUUCGAGUACCUGCACACGACGACAAUAGCUGCCAGUGGCAACGAGGACGUGCUCACAACCUUGUUGAAGCAAGCCUCGACGCCCACCGCCAUCGUCUUCUCGCUGGACGCGAUGCUCGCAGCGAUGCGUGUGCGCCAGUACAUCGGUAUUUUUGGCAUCGGCCACGUGCUCACACCCGACGAAUACGCGACCGUGGAGCGCGUGCUGUCCGCGGACGCGACUCUCAGCGCGCUUGAUGACGGCCUUCGGCGUAAAGUCACGUACCGCCAGACACGGCGGUGUCUGCGGCUCCUUAACAUGCUCAAGUCUCUCCAGCUCGUAAGCACGUACCGACUUCGACUCGAGCAGUUGCUGCAACAUGUACACGCCAACGCCAACGCCAACGCCAAGCGCAACGAAGACGUCGAGGUGCUUUUGCGCGACCAAGCCGACGUGGGCCGGAGUAACCUCCUCUUGGUGUGGCACACGCACGGUCAACUUCUCCUCGAUGACAGUGCGGGCGUUUGGGCGACCGAGUCGAUCGGCCGCGUGAUUGCGACCCGGCACCAGUACUCGUUUGGUCAUGCGAUUCCACUCCGAAUGGACUUCACAACCGUCGACAAGGUCGAUCUCUACUGGGAGGCGCUGCAAUGUGUUGCGCUCGAGUCGCUUUCGUUCGCGGCAGGCCCGGGCCAGGUUCAAGCCUUUCCCAAGCCGCUGGUUUUCUCGCACGUAAACCUUCUCGUACCGAUCUCGUGGACAUCACGUACGCAGUCGGAGCGCUACAAGAACCGAAAAGCGCGCGAAAAGGAGCUUCGCGCUAUCAUCCCCGGCUCGAGUCGCGUACCGCGGCCCCGGCGUCGAUCACCGUACGCGAAGCCGCGCCUCGCGAAGGCCGCCAAACGCCGCAUCACUGUCGAGGUCGAUCAUGUCGACUUUACGCCGGACGAAGACAACGAGAUUCUCGAAGCUUACUUUAAACAGCUCGAGGCCAACUGGCGGGUUUCCGUGCCUGAGGAUAUGCAAUGUGAGAACGAAAGCGUUCUCGUCCGAGCACCCCACGCUUGGCGCGUCAACUUCUCGGUCGCCACUAUCGGGCGAGCACUUCGACCGUCGCGGCCGCCCAGUGCGGGACCACUUCGGCGGCGCCUCGCCGAGCUUCUUGACCAAGUGAGCUCCAAGCAAGCACUCGUGGACCUCCACAACCGCGUUUUCGGCCAGUCGGUUUUCGUUGAAGAAGACGCCGUGAUGACGCAGCCGCGCAUGACCGCACUACUUAAUCGUGUGCUGAUGAUUGUGCUCUGCCCGGACGCGUCGUAUCUGCAAAUGGCCGCGGAGCACCUGCUCUUGCACUGGACGCGCAGGGAAAUCAACACAGUUUGGCGCCUCCUCUGGCUGCGCGGCUGGAUCGUGCACGCAACGACUCCAACCCACCGUCAACUUCAACGCGGCUACGUUCUCUCGAGGAAGCUCCUCAUGCUUUGGCGCGACGGCGUGCGGUUCCCACUCUCCAUGUUUGAAGAGGCUGCGGAGCAAGCUGCUGUCGUUGACGAUGCGCUCGAAGAUGCUGAUGACAAUGACGACGGCGGCGUUCAGCUUACCGUCGGCGCACCGCUGACGCAUGCUGCGUUCGUCCUCGGUCGUUGCUCAUUUUCGAUCGAGUACAAGUCGUCGACUAUGCGGGGCUCAUCAGCAAUCGCACACAAGCGUAAGCGACCGCAGGCAACAGACCGAGCUGGCUUCGGUAUCGCUGGGCACUUGUAUCAACUCCAGCCGCAGGAUGACCCGUGGGUCGUGUCGACCAUCUUCUAUAACCUGCCGACUGAGCAGCCCUCGGACGCAAUGGACGCCUUUACGGCGCCGCUACCGCUGACCAAGAAAGCCCGAAGAACAUUUGUAAUCGACGACGAUGCCAUCCGCGGGCUGCUCGACGCCGCAGCAGAGCAGGGUUGCUCCGCCGCGGAGCUUGCUCUUGCGCUUGAUGCUGAUGACAAUGCGGUGCGCGAGAAGAUCGAGUCGAUGUCGGACGACGUGCUCUGCGUCCAAGCGUAUGUCCAAACGCGAUACGUCUUGCGGUCGUACGAGAAGUUUUGGACAGUGCAGUCGUACGUCGUCGCACCCAACAAUGAAGCCAUUUUCGACACCAAGUCGCCGGGCAAGACCGCGCACCCUUGGCUCAAGCUCAACGGGUCCAUUAACGUGCAGUGGUGGACACGCAUGCAGCGAUCGGCGCUGCAUUUCAUACUUGGUGCCCCCGGCGCUGACGACGUGGCCCUCUGGAAACACAUGGACAAGCUGUUGCCGCUGCAACAGGUGCGCUCUCUACUCGCACAUCUCGUCGCCGAAGACGUCCUGUACGCGCGCGUCGCCGCCAAGCAGCCCAGUGCGCUCUUCUCUGUCGCGUCGCCCGUUGUUGGUGUUCCGGAGGCACCGCUCACCGAAAUUGACCUCGACAAAUGGACUGUACGGUACUUGGCGCCUCCCGACUGCAUCGAGAAACUCGGCAUGCUUCUUCGCGACACCGAAUAAUUCAAACGUCUGCAUCUUCUCA